CUGCCUGACUUGUCUGUCCUAAUUUCAAGCUAGAUAGUACGACAUAUAUUAUUCCACAUACUGCGUUCGCACCGAUUCGCACACAUCUAUCUCCUCCGUAUGCGCGUCCUCUUCGGGUAUGAGAUCCUCUUUCAGUGAUACAAUACUUUUAAACGGAUCCCGUCAUUAUGUCAAAGCUGUGCAUGCUUUAAAUUUAUCCGUGGACCAUUCUGAGUCGAUAAUAGAUGGUAAUACCCGCGUUACCGGAGACAAGGAUGUCGAAACGGCUGCGAAAUAGCGAAGUUUGUGCGGACUGCAGCAGUUCGGAUCCUCGCUGGGCGUCUGUGAACAGAGGAGUUCUGAUAUGUGACGAGUGCUGCGGCGUUCACCGCAGUCUGGGCCGCCACAACUCGCAAGUGCGGCAUUUGUCAAACACCUCCUGGCCGCCAACCCAGCUACAGAUGGUUCAGACAUUAUACAACAAUGGUGCUAAUGCAAUAUGGGAGCACACUCUGCUGGACCCGUCAUGCAUCAUGAGCGGGAAACGCAAAGCCAAUCCUCAGGAUAAAAUCCAUCCCAACAAGGCAGAGUUUAUAAAAGCAAAGUAUCAAAUGCUGGCUUACGUCCAUCGUUUACCCUGUCGAGAUGACGACAGUACAGCAGCCGCUGAUCUAAGCAAGCAACUUCACUCCAGCGUUAGAACCGGCAAUCUUGAGACUUGUUUGCGGUUACUGUCACUUGGAGCUCAAGCCAACUACUUCCACCCGGAGAAAGGGAACACCCCGCUGCACAUAGCAGCUAAAGCAGGGCAAGUGUGUCAGGCUGAGCUUCUCUGUGUUUAUGGGGCAGACCCUGGGGCUCCAGACUCCAACGGCAAAACGCCCAUCAACUAUGCAAGGCAGGCUGGCCAUCAGGACCUGGCAGACAGACUGGUGGAAGUACAGUAUGAGCUCACAGACAGGCUGGCCUUCUACCUCUGUGGGCGGAAGCCUGAUCACAAGAGUGGACAGCAUUUCAUUAUACCACAGAUGGCGGACAGGUACAGUCUGGAGUUAUCAGAAUUUGCAAAAGCUGCAAAAAGAAAACUGCAGUCUCUCAGCGAUCAUUUGUUUGAGGAAUUAGCAAUGGAUGUGUACGAUGAAGUGGAUCGAAGAGAGACAGAUGCAGUUUGGCUGGCCACUCAGAACCACAGCACUUUGGUAACAGAGACAACAGUUGUGCCUUUCCUUCCUGUAAACCCAGAGUACUCAUCAACACGAAACCAGGCAAGUAAAAAGCUGGCAAGGUUCAACGCUCAUGAGUUUGCCACACUUGUGAUUGAUAUUCUAAGUGAUGCAAAGCGACGCCAGCUGGGGAAUUCAGUCUCAAGUCCUAAAGACAACGUUGACGUGUUCUUCAAAAGUGUGGGUAGUCGUCAUGGAAGUGAAAGUCAGGAAAUCGACCAGCCAGACUAUGACAGCGUGGCAUCCGAUGAGGACACAGACUCUGAUUUACGAAUAGGCAAAGCAGACAGAGCGAAGAGCCUGGACUCUGAUCUGUCCGAUGGACCGAUUUCAGUGCAGGAGUUCCUGGAGGUGAAAAACGCACUUUCCGCUUCCGAGGCCAAAAUUCAGGAACUGAUGAAAGCCAACAGUAAUCUGAGCGAAGAGCUGAGAUUGAUGCAGAAAAAGCUGCAGUCUCUGCAAAGCGAGAACAGCUCUCUCAGGCGGCAGGUCUCCGCUCAACAACCCUAUCAGGCCCCCGGCGGCCCUGACCACCCCAAUCCCUCCAGUCCCUCCUCCUCCUCUUCUUCCUCCUCCUCCUCUGCCCUGAAACGCCACCUGUCUGCACGGGCGAGCCGCCCCAUGUCUAUGUAUGAAACCGGCUCUGGUCUGAAGCCCUUUCUCCCAAAGGGAGAGACCCCUUACCCUGAGGAGACCUUCCCCACCCUGCAACCCUUCCCAACCUAUACCGGAAAGGGUGUGUUUGUGGCCUCCUCCUCAUCUCUCCCCUUCCUCCCAUCCUCCCCGUCCUGUUUGCGGUAUGAGAGUGCACAAAGGGCCUCCAAAUUUGACAAGCAGAGCAGUGUGUCUGAUGGUGACUAUGAUAACACGGUCAACGAGUCUGAUCUGGACGACUCUGGCUUUGGCCGUAGAUGUCGUCUGCGCAGCAGUGGCUGGAUGGGAGAGAGCGGGUCGAUACCCGAGCUGGAUGAUCACGAAUCUGAGCCUGACCCCAGUCUGCCCAGCACAGAAGACGUCAUCCGUAAAACUGAGCAGAUCACCAAGAACAUCCAGGAGCUGCUGAGGGCUGCACAGGAGAACAAGCAUGAGAGUGGACCAUGUGAGCAGAGGGAGAGUGUCCGCAGACUUAGACACAGUCUGGGUUGUUUCAGCACACUGGUGCCGUGGGCAGACAAGCCCCCGUCUCCCAUGCAGUCCCUCGGCCUCAGAGCUCCCCACCCAGCCCACCCCAACAACCCUGCCUCCUGCUUUAUACCCUGCGCAGAAAGAAUACAUGUGGCUGUGAAUGAGAUGGCUGCCCUCUUCCCCAAGAGACCACGCUCUGAGACCGCAAGGAGCUCUUUGCGCUUAUUAACGUCCAGUGCAAACCGACUGCAGAACGAGUGUAAGAAAGCGUCUCCUCUGGACAGCAGCGCCGCAGUGGACAUGCAGUUGGUCACCCAGCAGGUCAUCCAGUGCGCUUAUGACAUCGCCAAGGCCGCUAAGCAACUUGUUACCGUAACCACCAAAGAGAACAACAACUGAUCCUGCUUCCACCCAUUUCCACCUGUAAUGCAACCCUGAUGGGUUUCCUCAGUGUUAUUUUAUUAGUCAUUUUUAGGUUAUGUCAGGUGUAAUCUAAACUGUAUUUGCAUGUUUUCAUUUCUAAUUUAAAGUGUCUGUUUGGCUUGAAGCCAUAAGAUAAAGCCUGAAAUGCUCACAAGGGUUGUGUAUGGACAUGUGUGUUAAACCGUGAAAUUGUAUUUGACUAGAUGUUGUGAGCAGAAAUGAGCAGCCAGUCACUAAAUAUUCAGUAAAUGCCUGACUCUUUGCACUAUACUGAAAACUUAAGUUCUUUUACCUUUUUAUAAUCAAACAUUUAAUCCAUAAUUUGUGGAUGUCUUUGUUGUUUUCGAAUUGUGUUUAAAUUAAGCUUUUCUUUUCAAUGAUAAUCUCAGUGAAAUCUAUAAUAUAUAUAAAAAAUAUUGUAGUAAUCUAUCUGUACAAAACAUUCAGGUAGUUUGGUCAGGUAGGCCAAGUUUAGGUACAGAUACAAUAAACUUGAAAGUGUAAAGA